UUGGGAUAGAAGAUCGAGGGAGAGAUUAAAAAAGGAAGAGGUUGAGCACGAAAAACGGGGAUAUUAGUGGAAAAAAGUACAUACUUUUUAUAUAUAUUGGCUUGUUUGCUUUCAGAGAAAAGACUGCAGUUGAAUAGGGCGAAACAAGAGCCAUCUCUCUCUCUCUCUCUCUCUCCUCUGAGUGUGGUGGAGGAGGGUGGCAGGUGUUCAGUUGAGGGAGACGCAUCGCCUCAGUCGGCUCCCAAAGAGCUUCAACAGGGUGUCAAGAGAACGGAGGAAAAACGGAUAAAACGCUGCUAACUGUAGCUAAAAACUCCCGUGAGUAUAAAGGGAAAACGUUACGUGAAUUAACCCGAGUGGACGGCUGUGGAGGACCGUUGAAGACUGGAUAAAACAAGCGAAAAGGCUCCAGUGUCGCAGUAACAGCAGCAGCAGCAGCAGCGGUGAGAGUAACGUCUCUGUAACGGCCGUUAGUUUCAAACCGACGACUGUUACUUCUUUCUGGCUUGAACUAACUAACUCCUCUUCUUCUGUAUGUAAGUUACAGACAAAGAGACGAAGAUAAAAACUCUCAGUUUGUUGCUGAGAAACUUGUUUUUUUUCUUUUGUUUUUUUUUGCUAACCUGUUGUGUCAUUUUUUUUCCGUGUAAUCCGAAACCCCGGCGGCGCAUUACGGCAAGUUACCGUCUCUGGUAUCCGAGAGAAGAGCACCAAGUCUGGGAGAGAGUGAGGUGGAGAAUUCAACCCGCGGGUUAAACCGACAAUUAGGAUCUCUUAACUUCAGAUAACAGCUUCUCCAUCACCACUAUACUCUCUGUACAGUUAGUUUGCACUUCAAAAAGCAUUACUACGUUACUGGAUUCAUAUUAGAACAGACAAGGGAAAGCAUGGAUGGAUAAUUGACGUGUUUUAUCGCUUCUCUGUUAAUACAACCGACAAAUCCCCGGUGAAGACAUCAUCAAAAACAAGCUUGGAUUUGAGGUCGAUAGCAGCAGCAGCAGUAGAGAAUAAGCCGAUAAGUCUAAAAAAAACACACACACAUACACUCAAAUGUAUUAAUUCCUUUUGCUCGGAUCAAUCCAAAUGAAAAUGAGGUAUCGCAGGAUGCAGUGUGACUCCGCCACAGCAGAGAUUAGAGAUUAUCGCGCCGUUACACCGUAAAAAGACAGACACUAUAGUGAGGGAAAGUCUUUCUGCUCCCUCCUUUCACUCCUUUCCUCCUCCUCCUCCUCCUCCUCCCGCUGCCUGCUGAGUUUUGAACCCCGGAGCUGGGGGAGCUUUUGUCGGCAGUGACAGCGGUGAACUCCCGGAGCUCCGAGCUUUCGCUUCGCUUUCACCGGCUGCUCGGACUUGUUCCCAUCCGAGAGAGUUGCAGCAGCAGCAGCAGAAGAAGAAGAGCACACAAGCGGACACGGACACUGGUGGUUCCCUCUUUUUCCCUGCAUGAUGAAACGGGGAAUUUGCUGCCCUGAGGGGUCCCCGGAGCGUGUGGAGGGACCCGCAGCAGCAGGGAACCGGGAGAAGGUGAUGGGCAUCAUGGGGACGGCCCGGAGUGGGAGUGGGAGCCGGUGUCCACCUCUUUUUCUCCUGCUCCUUCUCGCCAGCAGCUGCCACAUGUUGCACGGACAAGAGGUGGCUCCCUACCUGCGAGGGGGUGGACUGGGGCAGCAGGUGGUGUUGGAAGGAAACAGGCUGGUGCUGACCUGCCUGGCUGGAGGCAGCUGGCCUCUGCAGUACCGCUGGACUCUCAACAACAGCAACGUCACCGACUGGACACCACAGUACAGGUUGUCUCUCCGGUCUCUGAAGAGGACUGAUGCUGGCCUGUAUCAAUGUAUGGUGAGGAACAGGAUGGGAGCCGUCAUACACAGGAGAACAGAGGUGCACGUGGCCUUUAUGGGGAACUUCUCCGCUGAGGAGCAGAGAAAGACGGUGACUCAGGGCCGAGCCGCCGUCAUCAGCCAGCCUCCCCUCGCCUCUUUCCCCCGACCCCUGGUCACAUGGUUCAAAGACGGACACAAGAUAAUCCCCAACAACCAAAUUGCAAUCACUUUGGACAAUCAGCUGGUCGUCUUGGCAACCACUGCGGCGGACGCUGGACGUUACUACGUAGAGGCGGUGAACGAGAUGACUGGAGAGAAUGUGACAAGUCCCGCCGUCUACCUGAGCAUCUCAGUUGGCAAGAAGAACCGCGGGUCAACAGAUCCUGAAUCAGAACUUGUGGCUCCGGCGAUCGUGAUCGGACCCAAAAACACAACAGUGGUGGCAGGCAGCGAGGCGACACUGGAGUGCAUUGCUAAUGCCAGACCGAUUGACAGCCUCAUGGUGUCAUGGAAACGUGAUGGGCGUCGUUUGACCAGUGGGCGUCGGCUCAUUAUUCCUGCCACCACCUCUUCUGACACAGGGUUAUAUGUUUGUGAGGCGUUGCUUAGCAACAGCACUGCCAAACCUGUGGAGGCAAGGGCCCACCUCACUGUAAUGGAGCCACCUUCUCUGACUGCUCAACCUAAGAGGAAGAUCCUUGCUGACCUCGACAGGAAUGUAGAUAUCCCUUGCCUGGCCACAGGUGUGCCCCAGCCCAGGAUAGAGUGGUACAAGGACGCCGUGCCUCUUUCCAAACUGGCCAACUCACGCUACAAGGUCACCGCAGCAACCGGGCUGACGGUGCGCAGGGUGCAGCCAGGAGACGGAGGAAUCUUCCAGUGCUUUGCUCGCAACGCUGCCGGAGAAACUCAGGCACACGCACAACUACUUGUAUCUAGUGUGUCCCCCACAUUUACAUUCCCUCUGUCCGACCAAACGGUAACUGAUGGGACCACAGCCUAUUUUCUGUGCCAGACGAGCGGAGCUCCAAAACCGGCCAUCACCUGGAGGAAAGGAUCACAGGUCUUAGCUAGCGGCUCCGUGCAGGUGCCCAGGUUCACACUGUUGCAGUCAGGUGGUUUGCAGAUUCAACCAAUCAGCUUCCAGGAUUCAGGGGAUUACACUUGUAUUGUCUCCAACCCACAGGGAACCAUUAACGCCACCUCUACGCUCACCGUCUGGAGCCGUACAGUCAUUUCUGUGCCUCCAACAGACCAGCGUGUUAUUAAAGGAACCACUGCUAUCCUGGACUGUAAUGCAACACAUGACCCCAGAGUCAAUAUCAGCUUCAAGUGGGAUCGAGGUGGCGUGCCGGUCCGUCACACCAACGGGGGACGUGUCUCCAUGCGCCAGGGCUCCCUCACUAUUGGUCAGACAUGGUCAGGUGACAUUGGGGAUUACACCUGCACUGUGACAUCACAGGCUGGCAACGAUUCUCGCCCGGCACGCCUCGAAGUCAUUGAGCUGCCACACUCUCCUCGCUCCCUGACGGCCCGGCUCAAUGACUCCGACUCCCGCUCCGUCCUCCUCUCCUGGCUACGCCCCUUCGACGGGAACUCCCCACUCCUGUACUACCUGCUGGAGCUCUCUGAGAACAACUCGCCGUGGAAGGUCUACCUAUCAGAGGUCGAUCCCGUGGUGACCGAGGUAUCAGUGGGCGGGCUCACACCUGCCAGGACCUAUCAGUUCAGGCUCUGCGCCGUCAAUCAAGUGGGCAGGGGUCAGUACAGCGCCGAGACGCAGAGAUUGAUGCUGAGGGAGGAGGCACCCAGCGCUCCUCCGAAGAAUAUUGUGGCCAGUGGGCGGACAAACCAGUCCAUCAUGGUCCAGUGGCAGCCUCCGCCAGAACCGCAGCUCAACGGAGUCCUCCGAGGAUAUGUGCUCAGGUACCGUCUGGCAGGGCUGCCAGGGGACUACCAGGAGAAGAACAUUAGCAGCCCAGAGACCAACUACUGUCUGCUGAAAGAUCUGAUCAUCUGGACACAAUACCAGAUCCAGGUGGCUGCCUUCACUGGAGCCGGCCUGGGCGUCUACAGCAGCCCUGUCACUGAGUACACUCUGCAGGGAGUUCCCACAGCACCUCCGCAGGAAGUGGAAGUUUUAGCUAUCAACUCGACGACCAUCCGCUUCACAUGGAACCCUCCGCCUCAGCAGUUUAUUAAUGGCAUCAACCAGGGAUACAAGCUGCUAAUCUGGCCAGAGCAGUCUCCGGAGGAAGUUAUCGUGGUAACCAUCACCCCGGACUACCCCGGUUCACGCCACACAGGAUUAGUAAGCGGACUCAAGAAAUUCACCUGGUACUUUGGCUCCACCCUCUGCUUCACAACACCUGGAGACGGACCCCGCAGCUCGCCCAAACUGCUGCAGACACACGAGGACACACCUGGACCCGUCCGCCAGCUGAGCUUCGCUGAAAUCUUGGACACAUCACUCAGAGUCAGCUGGGCAGAGCCUGAAGACAAGAAUGGCAUCAUCACCGGUUACGUGUUGUGGUGGGAAGUGUCUGGCAUGGAGUCAAGUCGUGAGGAACGUUCACUGUCCAACUCCACCCUGCAGCACCAGCUGACCGGCCUCACCUCCACCACCGCGUACACACUACAGGUGGCAGCGCUCACCGCCGCAGGACGGGGCGUGGUCACAUCCUCCACCAUCUCCACUGGAGUCCCACCAGAACUUCCAGGUGCACCAUCUAACUUAGUCAUCUCCAACAUCAGCCCUCGGACAGCAACACUUCGGUUCCGCCCAGGUCCGGAUGGCAAGACCGCCAUAUCACGAUGGAUAGCAGAAGGACAGGUAGUGAAGGAGGAUGGAAAGGAAGAGGCAUGGAGAGUUGUCUACCAGAAAGACAACCAACCAGACGCAGACACGCUAGAGAUCCCCGACCUCACUCCGUUCACUCAGUACAGGUUCAGGAUACGGCAGGUGAACAUUGUCGGCUCCAGUGCCAUGAGCGCCCCCUCCAGGCUGAUUCAAACCCUACAAGAUGCCCCUGACACACACCCCUCCAACCUUACCCUUCUGUCUGCCACACAGACCAGCCUGCGCUUCACCUGGACGCCUCUUCCAGAGUCAGAGUACAACAGUAGUCCAGAGACUGUGGGAUACCGGCUGAGAGUGUGGAGGACCGACGGCCAGGGGGAUGACAGAACAGAGGAUGUGGAGAGAGCAGGGGGGAUCAGUGAGACCACAGUAGAGGGCCUGAAUCCUUGGACCCAGUACCAGGUUCAGAUACAGGCCUACAACUCCAUAGGACCUGGACCGUGGAGCAACACUGUCGCCGCACUCACCGCAGAAUCUGUUCCAUCUGGAUCUCCGAUGAACGUGUCAGCUGAGGCCGUGAGUUCCACCAGGAUCCUGCUCAAAUGGUUCGCUCUCCCUCAGGCACAGAAGAACGGAGUCAUACUUGGAUACAAGGUGUUGUACAGCGAGAAGGACCCAGAAGGUCCCCCCAGUGUUCAGGUGGCAGAAGGAGAGGGGAGUGUGACGCUGCUCCUCGGGGCUCUCCAAAAAUACACGGUGUACGUGCUGCAGGUGCUGGCGUACACACGGAUGGGUGACGGCCCACAGAGCAACCCCAUACUACUCCGAACCAAAGAAGAUGUCCCCGGCCCCCCUGUCAGGAUGGUGUUUCCAGAAGUUCGGUUGUCAUCCGUUAGGGUGGUUUGGCAGCCACCCACGAACCCCAACGGCAUCAUAUUAGGCUACCAGAUCUCCUACCGCUUGGACAGCAGGGACCCUCAGCGAUGGACCACAGUGGAAGUGGGCUCCAACGCUCGACAGUUCACUGUCACAGGACUCUCCCCUGAGCAGGCCUACGUGUUCCGACUCACUGCUCGCACCGCCGUGGGCUGGGGCGAAGAGCAGGAGGCCCUGGUUGUUACCACUGAACGCAGAGAGCGUCCCCAGCCACCCAGGAAGUUGGCUGUUCCUCAGGACGGGGUUGAAUCUCGCCACCUCCGCCUCCACUGGGUGACGGGUGGCUCAGGUUCCUCCCCGCUGAGGUACUUCACUCUGCAGGCCAAAGAGCUGCCCGACGGGGCCUGGAACACACACACCGCUGACAUCCCGCACAACGUGACCACCUGGACCACUGACAGACUGAAGCCCUUUACAUCAUACAAGUUUCGGAUGUUGGCAACCAACGAUGUAGGAGACAGCGUCCUCAGCAAAGAGACGGAGGCUGUUACAACUCUGCAGGAUGUGCCUGACGAGCCUCCAGUGAUCCUCGCAGUGAAACCAACAACCACUACCUCAGUCCUGGUGCAGUGGAAGCGACCCAAUGACGACAGCAUUAACGGGGUGUUGACUGGAUACCGGCUGUAUUACAGAGAGCUCCCAGUAAACACCUCCACUUUCACUGAAGCAGAAGUCCAGGCCACCAAAAACAACACCACAAGUGCCCUCAUUACAACCAAAAGCACAUUCAAGACAGUCAGCAGUGCCUCGCUAACACAGUUUGAGUUGACACAACUAAAGAAGUUCAAACGCUACCAGAUUGUUAUGACGAGCUACAAUAUCAUCGGAGAGAGCCCCCCCUCCGCCCCAGUCGAGGUGUCUGUUGGAGAGGCAGCUCCAUCAGUGGCCCCUCAGUCUAUCAGAGUGUCAGCUGUGUCUCCCUCCAUCCUGGAAGUGACCUGGGACACCCCCCCCCUUGAGACCCAGAAUGGACUCAUCCAAGGAUACAAGAUCCACUACUGGGAGAGGGACAAGCAGAACCAGACUGAGAAGGUCAAGGUGAUUUUUGUCCCGGACACCCGUGUGCAGCUCACCAACCUGACCAGCUACACACCUUACCUGGUCACUCUGACUGCCUUCAACACGGCUGGAGACGGCCCGCCAAGUGAUCCCCGCGGGGCACGCACCCUGCAGUCUGCUCCCAGCCAGCCCAGCUACCUGUCCUUCUCAGAGGUGACCGGAGGAAGUGUCAAUGUGUCCUGGGGCACUCCAAUCACUCCUAAUGGACAGCUGGAGGGCUACAGGGUCAUCUAUCAGCCCACUGCUCCUGUACAAGGAGUGAGCAAAGUGGUGACAGUGGAUGUGAGGGGCAGCUGGCAGAGAUGGCUGAAGGUUCGAGACCUGGUCAAAGGAGCGACGUACACGUUCAGUGCUCAGGCUCUCACGGUCAGCUACGGACCGCCCAUACAAGCAAACAUCAGUGCUCAGCCUGUGCAAGGCUCCCCUGGGUCACCGAUGGAAAUGUCCAUCACCAAGACGUCGUCUGAGCUCGCUGUCCACUGGACAGAGGGAGAAACCGGUGCAUCGCCUGUCACUGGAUACGUUAUUGAGGCUCGUCCAUCAGAUGAAGGAGUGUGGGAUUCCUUCAUCAGACUCCUCCCUCCCAGCAGCAGGUCUGUUUCAGUACCACUGGAGCGCCUGAGGUCGGGGAUCAGCUAUGAGUUCAGAGUCAUCGCUGUUAAUCGCUAUGGUUACGGACAGCCGAGCACACCCUCUGCUGCUCUCGCUGCGCUGUCGGAGCGUCCGUUCUACGAGGAGUGGUGGUUCCUGCUGGUCAUGGCUCUGGUGGGACUCAUCCUCAUUCUGGUCCUGGUCUUCACGCUGCUGCUGCAUGGACACAGCAGCAAGUACAAGGCCUGCGGCACAGGGAAGCACGUGUCCACGGCGGAGGAGUCGGUAACGCUGGACAACGGCGGUUUCACUGCUCUGGAGCUCAACAGCCGAACGCUCAACACCAAGAACUCCUUCCUGAAAAAGAACGGGACCAGGUCUCCUCCCAGGCCGAGUCCAGGUGGUCUCCACUACUCUGACGAGGACAUCUGUAACAACUACAACGGAGCGGUGCUCACUGAGAGCACCACACUCACUGAGAAACCCACCGAGUUGACAGACAGCGACUACGAGGACGAGCAGCCCAAGCACUCCUUCGUCAACCACUACAUGAGCGACCCCACCUACUACAACUCCUGGAAGCGGCAGCCCAAAAGCCUUAAACCAGUCGCCACUCCUUUUGGUUACGAGGAGUGCGCCACCGCAGACGCAGAGCCCUACUACCAGACCGUGGUCACACAGCACAGCACGGGCGGCGCGUACACACCCACGGGGCAGCCUGCACACACACACGUCAACCCCAACACCAACCCGCCUCCGGGGUCACGCACCCCCGUGACGGGAUUCUCCUCGUUCGUUUGACUCUAGAGACAAAAUCUGCACAAAACGAUACACACACACACGUACACAAAAUGAAGGAGGUGUGUGUUUGGACUAGAGGAGACAGAGCCGGUGGCGUCGGGGGAGAGGGGAGGACGAGGUGAGGAGACGUGGGACGGACUGGUGACGACACAGCCCUUCAUGCCCCAAAGAACUGAACCCAAACUUCUCACUCCCCUUCUCCCCUCGUUCACAAAGAUCCUCACUGUGUCGACGAGUGUGUGUGUGUGUUACUCUCCUUCUCUUUUACGCCUCCGUGUCACUGUGCUCACACACACAGUUACUGUUCUCACACAUUCACCACCAGAUAUUCAUGCCUAUUCCAGAGACUCUCCAACGAGAGCUGCCACUACAUGAGUCCGUCUGUGUAAAUGACGAGGAGAGACUUCGACUGGUGGAAUUGCUGCACAACGCUUCUUCUCUGUUUUCUGUAUUUACACUAAAGUGCACAAAUCCACACGCAUGCACUCCCUGAUGCGCCAUUUCAGUACCUCCCACUGGGAGAGAGGAACUUCAAGGUUGCGGUGAAUCAUUACAAGACGGCACAGAAGUGAGCAGCUUUUCUUGACAGACUGGUUCAUGUACACAAACACGGAGCUGUCAGCUUUAAAAUACCACCACACAGAGGAAAAAGAAAAAAAUAACAAUCGAUAAUCACAGUUUUUUUAACUUGAUAAAGGACGGAGAGCGAGCGUGGGCGGGGGUUGUUCAGAUCUUAAGGCAUUCUCAGUGAGAGUGUUGUAUGGUUUCUGAGAGUGAUAUGUGAUGUUUGGGGUUUGGGUCGGAAUAUAUGAAAACCAUGUUUUUGUACCGUCUACUGCCUGUUGUCAGCGCUCCUUAUACCACAGCCUCCCAAGCCAUAAUGCUUGCACUGAGCCGAACCCCAACGCAUUUCAUCUUUCUUCUGUUAAUUUUUUACAAGUUUGAGUGUGACACGUGUGCGUACAAGCAUGCCGUGUAUAAACGGCUCAGCUUAGAAGCCUGUUCAUCCAUCUCUGUUGUUCACUGCAAAGCAAAGCGUGCCAUCGUGUGUAUGUUUGUGUUUUCAAGACGGAUUUUGUACAGGGAAACCCUUUUUACUUGUGUGUAGUUCCGGCCAUGUUUGUGUAAUUCAAAGCAAAUAGUGAAACAGCACUGGAGCGAGCUACACUGACCGACGACGAGAGGGAAAAGGAGGAGAUCGUUGAACAAGAAUCAUGAAAAAAUAAGCUGCAGUGAAUGAGCGUGGAAUAAGAUGACAGGAUAUUUUAUUGAGUGUGAUUGAACUUUGAGUCUUAAGGCCCCACUAUCUGCACCCUGGCCUCAAUUCCAGCAGCCAGGCUGGCACACAUGUACUUUGUACCGAGUGCAAACUCAAAAUCAUCUGUAAGUUUUUUGCUCAUGUAUAAUUUAAAGAUUUCUUCCCCCUCCCAGCCAGCCAGCCAGCAGCCUCCCUCACUCUGUCACGCUUGUUUUGAGUCCCAUUACAGUGUGUGAAUAAAUGGUCAUUGUUUAACA